ACUCCAAGAUCCACGUAUGGUUAAAACCAAAUUUUAAAUUCUAAUUUCAUUUGGAGUCAGAUAAUUGCGGGAGUAAACCAUAGUAACUGUUACGCUUACUUGCUGUGGUCAUGGAUAUAUUUGAUGUGUUGUUCCGCUCAUUUGUGAGUAUUCUGAUGCUCCCAUUGGAAUAUUGACAGUCCGGCGACAAGUCAGAUACAUCUCUGAUGACAACAUAGCCCCGUUUGCGAACGGAGAGUAACAAGAAUGUGGAUUCUGUCGUUGUAGCCAUAAUUGUUCUGAUUCUCUAUUUAAGGGAAAACAAACUUUGUUUUAUGUUCAGCUAACUACAUAACUAGUUUGGCUACUUUCUUUUGAUUUUAAGCAGAUUAACAUGAUUUCAGUUUUUCGCUCUAAGUUCUAGGUAAGGUCAGGAAGUUAUGGUAAGUCAAAAUAUGAGGCAUGAUGACAGAGGUGGGUAACCCGGCUUCAAAGAGUAAAAAGACUGACCAUGUAUUUGCUCCACCAACAUGCACUAAGCCAGCUGAUUACAAUAAUUAGGUCUCCUAUCAUGCUGAAGAGUUAUGCUAAUUAGAGUCAGCUGGUUUAGUGCAUGGUGGUGGAGCAAAUACAUGGUCAGUCUUUUUACUCUUUGAAGCCGGGUUACCCACCUCUGCAUGAUGACAAGCUACAACAUUAUAAUAACAAUACAAGUGCAAUAUAAGUGCUGGAUGGAGAUACAAGUCUAACAUGAAAGUGGUAGAGGAACAAGAUAGAAGGAUACAAGUUGUAAGAGUGAUCCUAGAUUGGGAGUCCUCUGUAGAGUAGUGAUAGUUAUUACAGGUACAGUCUGAAGAGAUGCAUCUUCAGACCAUGGUAGAAAAUGGGCAGGACUGAGUGGGUAGAGGUAUGGGGAGUUUGCUCCAGCACUGGGGAGCAAGGGUGGAGAAGCUCCAUGGUCGGGACUAAUGAGAACCAUUCAUGCAGAAGGCAGGGAGUCCAAAUCACCCCGCUGCAGCAGAGCGGAGUGAUCAAGCUGGAGUGUAGGGUUGAAUCAUGUCCUGUAGGUAGGGAGGGUACGGUGGCUCUCAAGUGCAAAACACAAAAACAAAAAGAAAACGCAAAAACAAAAACAUUCGGUCCUGAGGUGCAGAUGCAACAUACAAACACAAAAAGGAGUGAUCCUGAGGUGCAGAUGCAACAUACAAAAACAAAAACAUGCACCCCUGAAGUGCAAAACACAAAUACAAAAAGAAAAUGCAAAAACAAAAAGGAGCAGCCCUGAGGUGCAAAACACAAACAUACAAAAACUAGCAGCCCUGAGGUGCAGAUGUAACAUACAAAAACAAAAACUAGUAGCCCCGAAGUGCAAAACAGAAACAUACAACAACAAGCAGCCCUGAGGUGCAGAUUCAACAUACAAAAACAAAAACUAGUAGCCCCAAAGUGCAACAGUGCACUUUGGGGCUACUAGUUUUUGUUUUUGCAUGUUGCAUCUGCACCUCAGGGCUGCUAGUUUUUGUAUGUUUGUGUUUUGCACCACAGGGUCGUUCCUUUUUGUUUUUGUAUGUUGCAUUUGCACUCCAGGGCUGAAAGUUUUGUUUUUGCAUUUUCUUUUUGUAUUUGCGUUUUGCACUUCAGGGCUGCACGUCUUUGUUUUUGUAUGUUGCAUCUGCACCUCAGGGCCGAAAGUUUUUGUUUUUGCAUUUUCUUUUUGUUUUUCUGUUUUGCACUUCAGAGCCACCGUAAUUCAGGACAGGAGAAAUUCAUUUCAUGGUAAUGGGCUUUGAGUCCACUUGCUCGACCGGGCAAGGUAGGGAAAAGAAAUUAAUGUUGAGCCCUGUUUUGAGUUAGGGGGUACUUCACCUCUGCUUCAGUCGUUAUUUUUCGAUAGCAGACCACCUCGUCGUGGAUUUUGAUAGCAGACCACCUCGUUGUGGAUUAUCCCAUAGUGACAUGGAAUCGGUCUCCUUGCAAGCAAAUAUAGCCAUCAUCCAUCCACCAUCCAAGUGACCCGGGGGCGUGGCAGAGAUCGCAAUACGCGAGACGCAGCAGCGAGAACUGCAGGCCACAGAGCUUAGCUUCACAGCGCAAUUUAAAAUAAGUUUCUGCGUUUCUGUUAUUAAACAUUGAAUAACAUAGCCCCCCUUUUUUGUCGCCGGCGAUGAGGCAGACCUCAGGGGUUUUAGUCUGAUGGGGAUUCAUUAACAGCUCCUAGAGGCUAAAAAAUCAUAUAAAUAUGAUGAGUUAACACUAAAUUAUUCAGAGUACUCUGCAAGGUGUGCAAGUUGCAUUAUCUACAUCUUUCAUGCAAGCUCACUUGAGGAUCAUUUUUUGAAUGCUUGCAUUAUGUAUAAUGAUGGGACAUUAGAUUUUCAGUGAAACUGUAAUCAUUUUUUUCAUUCAUGAAUCUCUCAGGAGUACAUCAAGAGGAGACCUGUGUCUUUCCCUGUUUAAGGACUUCAACAACAGCAGUUGAUGUGCUGCUGUAUGUGUCUGUAGCAGUGGUUGAGACACUGACAGUGUGUGGAAACCUGCUUGUGAUCAUCUCCAUCUGUCACUUCAAACAGCUUCAGACACCAACUCAUUUCUUCCUACUGUCCCUGGCCAUGGCGGACUUUCUUGUUGGAGUAAUUGUGAUGCCCCUCUACUUUACUAUGUUGAUAGCUCCACAAAGGUGCUUUACUACAGUAUACUGCACAAUAUUUCAUGUAGUAGCCUUUUACCUUACUUUUGUCUCAAUUUAUAAUGUAACUUUAAUUGCAAUAGACCGAUAUGUUGCUAUCUGCAAUCCUUUUCAGUACUCCAUGAAAAUGACUUUGAAUGUAACUUUGAGGAUAAUAUCCAUAGUGUGGUUGUCUUCAUUAAUCUACAAUAUGGUCCUUCUUUAUUUCAAUGGAAAUAUUCCAGACCUGAAGGAAAAUAUUACAUGUGUUGAGUGUGCUGUUCACUUUAAUGAAAUAUUGGCCAUUGUUGACUGUCUAAUCGUAUUUAUUGUGCCAUGCUUAACAAUUAUAAUCAUGUACCUGAAAAUUUUUUUUAUCGCUAAAAAUCAUGCAAAUAAAAUCCGGUGUGCCCAAAAGUGCACAAAAGUAAAUAAUGCUACUGUAACAUCAGAAAGAAAAGCAGCAAAAGCACUAGGGGUUCUAGUAGCAGUGUUCCUUAUCUGCUUAGUACCCUUCUACAUAUGUGCUUUCCUUGCAGCAUAUAUUAGUAACAAAGCAAUACAUAUUGCAGCUUCAAAUCUGUCAACUGUAUUUUUUCUGAAUUCUGCAUUAAAUCCUAUCAUUUAUGCUCUGUUCUAUCAAUGGUUUCAGAGAUGUGUUAAACUCAUUUUAACAUAUAGGAUAUUCCGUGCAGGAUCUUCAGAUCUGAAUGUGCUUGCAACGAAAUAAACGUAAUUUCCUGUGCAUUAGAAUGUGAUGUAAUAAAAUUGUUACUUUUUA